AUGGCCGAAGGAGGAGGUAUCGAUCGUCGCGCCGACGAGAAGAUGGAGUUCUCCACCUCCAAGGAGGUCACAGUUCAUCCUACUUUCGAGUCCAUGUCGUUGAAGGAGAACCUUUUGCGUGGUAUCUACGCCUAUGGAUACGAGUCGCCAUCCGCCGUGCAGUCGCGUGCCAUCGUUCAGGUCUGCAAGGGUCGCGACACCAUUGCCCAGGCUCAGUCUGGUACCGGAAAGACGGCCACCUUUUCCAUUUCCAUGCUUCAGGUGAUCGACACGGCUGUUCGCGAGACCCAGGCUCUCGUCUUGUCGCCUACUCGUGAAUUGGCUACUCAAAUACAGUCUGUUGUCAUGGCUCUUGGCGACUACAUGAAUGUCCAGUGCCAUGCUUGUAUCGGAGGAACCAACGUUGGAGAGGACAUCAGAAAGCUCGACUAUGGCCAGCACAUUGUCUCCGGCACGCCUGGACGCGUUGCUGACAUGAUCCGUCGCCGCCACCUGCGCACUCGUCAUAUUAAGAUGCUCAUUUUGGAUGAAGCCGAUGAGCUGCUCAACCAAGGUUUCCGUGAGCAGAUUUACGAUGUCUACAGAUACCUGCCGCCCGCUACCCAGGUUGUGGUGGUUUCUGCCACUCUGCCCUACGACGUUCUCGACAUGACCACCAAAUUCAUGACUGACCCAGUUCGCAUUCUGGUCAAGCGUGACGAGUUGACCCUGGAAGGCCUAAAGCAAUACUUCAUUGCCGUUGAGAAGGAAGACUGGAAGUUCGACACCCUUUGCGACUUGUACGACACAUUGACAAUUACUCAAGCCGUCAUCUUCUGCAACACGCGCAGAAAGGUCGACUGGCUCACCGACAAGAUGCGAGAAGCCAACUUUACCGUCAGCAGCAUGCACGGAGACAUGCCCCAAAAGGAGCGUGACAGUAUUAUGCAGGAUUUCAGACAGGGCAACAGCAGAGUGCUCAUUUCGACUGAUGUUUGGGCUCGUGGUAUCGACGUUCAGCAAGUCAGUCUGGUCAUCAACUAUGACUUGCCCAGCAACCGUGAAAACUACAUUCACCGUAUCGGCCGUAGUGGGCGUUUCGGACGGAAGGGUGUGGCCAUCAACUUUGUGACCAGCGAGGAUGUUCGCAUUCUUCGCGACAUUGAGUUGUACUACUCUACACAGAUCGAUGAGAUGCCAAUGAACGUCGCAGAUCUGAUCUCGUAG